AUGGUUUCCGCUGGAGCUUGUUUCUCCCCCACCGUUUUCUCCCCACUCUUCCGCCGCAACCAGCCGUCUCAGGUCUUGAAACUGAAGUCGUGCAGUAUUCUGAGCAUAGCCCCCGCUCGUUUUGCCAUGUCAGUCAACUGUGUUCGAGCAAUGGAGGAGAAGCAGAGACGGAGCGGUUGGAAGGAGUAUUUGGAACAAGCGAAAGAGAUGAUAGAAGCAGACGGUGGACCUCCGCGGUGGUUUUCGCCGUUAGAAUGCGGUUCGCAGUUGGAGAACUCUCCUCUGAUGCUGUUCUUGCCAGGUCAGUCAUUGUUUCGUUAUUAG